CACCCAGACCCAUCCAACCUCAAAAUGCCUCGUCAAAUCAACGACAUUAAGCUUUUCUUGGAGAUUGCCCGCAGAAAGGACGCCUCUUCUGCUCGCAUCAAGAAGAACCAAAACAAGGAGGUCAAGUUCAAGCUUCGUUGCUCCAAGUACUUGUAUACUCUUGUCGUUGCUGAUGCUAAGAAGGCUGAGAAGCUUCGUCAAUCCCUUCCUCCUGGUAUGUUGAAGUGUUUGUAAAUCGUUUUCGCCUAGUCAGUGUUGAUCGACAGAUCUGCGAUGAUCCGCAUUUAAGGUUGUCAUGUGAUGGUAAUUUUGCGACGGGACGCGCGUUUAUAAGUGUGUUGAGCAGAAACGCGUUUCUGCAGCAUUGACGGCAAUAAAACGGGUUUACAGUGUGUAUUUUCUCAUUCUGUUGUGUGCUUGUGCUAACUGUGUAGGACUCGUUGUUUCUGAGGUUGGAAAGAAGCAUUAGGUCGUUCUAAUAAAAGACAAAAAUUCGGUCUACCAAGA